AUGGAGGUCUGUAGCGUAGCCAGGAUAACGAGCUUUGCUCAUUUUGGCCUGAAAAUUUUGCCUAAGCUCCUGGCUCUUUCUCCCGCUUCAUUGGGGAAAUUCAGAAAGGUCUCACCAGCGAUGGGAACUGAAACUGUGUUGAGAAAACUGCCGGAGCUGCUGCAGGAUGUAUUGAGAAAGGUCUCACCACCCAUGGAAACUGAAACUGUGGUGAGAAAUUUGCCGGAGCUGCCGCAGGAUGUAUUGAUGGACAUAUUUUCACUCCUGGAGAUACCCGACCUCAUGCGUGCGGCCUCUGUCAGCUCCUCCUGGCGCUCCGCGUAUACCAGCCUCUGCAGCCAGCUUAAGCUGUACAAACGGCCUCAAACGCCUUGCCUCCUCUACACCUCUGAAUCUGCUGGUGAGAAUGUAGCUUGUCUCUACAGCCUCGCAGAGAAGAGGGUCUACAAUUUAACUCUCCCGGAUCCACCCAUCCGCAACAGGUAUCUUAUUGGGUCAUCACAUGGUUGGCUAGUUACCGCGGAUGACAAGUCUGAGCUACACCUUAUCAAUCCGGUCACCGGCCAGCAGAUUGCUCUCCCGUCGGUGGUCACCAUUGGUUAUGUAGAGCCAAUCUUUGACAAUGCAGGCACAGUUAUUAUGUAUAAAUUGCGGCAGCAACUUUACGAUCCGGACUUAGACCCCGAAAUGGUUGGUCCCAAAAUGUUCCCCCAUGCUCCCGACAAGCUUCGUGACCAUGUCUACAUCAGGGUAUUUAUCUUUCCGGAUCCGUCCACAGGAAGCUAUAUUGCGGUUCUCAUCCAUGGUCCAGUACGUCAGCUUUCGUUUGCAAGGGUAGGAGAUUGUAAGUGGACCUCGCUGCCGCCGGGUUGGGACUAUGAUCUAUGCAUCUACAUGGAUGGUCUAUUGUAUGCAUCCACAAGAGCCGGGCGAAUGGAUGCUUUUGACCUCACUGGUCGUACCGUCACGAGGAAUAUAAUUGCAGAUGAGAUUGCCAUUUACAGUUCUGAGUACAAGGGGCAGUUCUACCUUCUUCAGGGUCCAUGGGGCGGUCUGCUGCAAGUUUGCAGGAAGGCUGAACUCAUAGAUGCGGGUUAUGAGGAGCUCAUAGUUAAAACUAAUAAAGUCUGGUUACACAAAGUUGAUAUGGAAGCAGAAGAGCUCGUGGAAAUAAAUAGCUUGCAUCAUAACGUGUUGUUUCUUGGGCGUAACCAGCCUAUAUGCCUUAGUGCUGAAGAAUAUCCGCAACUGAAGGCAAAUUGUGUCUAUUUCGCAGAUGAUGAGCAAUAUAAUUGGAUGUAUAAGACGAAUCCCCGGGAUAUAGGUGUUCUCAACCUUGAAGAUGACAGUAGGGAGGAAAUUGUGUCCCCGCUUUGGUCCAGCUGGCCAAGUCCCAUAUGGAUAACACCCAGUCUUACAGUGAUGAACCUGUCAUUGUACAAAUAG